AUGGCGGCAUCGAAAAAGGGCACCGGCGGCUCACAGCUCGCGCAGCUACGCUCAGGCUUGCGUGCAGCGGGUGUGACGGGACCCAAGCCCAAGAAAGGCAAGCGACACGAUGCGGAGGACAGCCGCGUUGGGCAGUAUCGCGCGCAGCAGCGCCGGAAGCGAUUGGAGUCGCUCAUGACCAACCUCAAUACCUUUGAUGAACGCGUGUCCCACAGCAAAAACCAGGCCAUUGGGACCAAGACCAAGGGCGCUGUGGGGCGCCCCGCCGAUGCCAAGUCGGCGUCACUGCAGCAGCGGCGCGCCAAGCUGCUGCCUGAGUAUGACCGCCGGCACAAGUCAUCGUCGUUUGUGGAUCGGCGGUUCGGCGAAUACAACCCCAGCAUCUCACUCGAAGACAAGAUGCUGAAGCGCUUCACCGAGGAGCGCAUGAAUCGCGCGCCCAAAACGUCAAUGUUCGACUUGAACGAUGACGACGCUGAAUUGGGCCUGACGCACUUUGGACAAAGUCUCAGUGGCCUGGACGAGAUGCCCGAUGUGCCACCAGAAGACGACGACGACGACGAUCCAGGCCAUAUUGACGCACAAGUCACGAAUGACGAGCACUUUGCUGGAUUCGACGAUGCGCCUCGCAGCAAGCAUGAAGUCAUGAAAGACGUGAUCGCCAAGUCCAAGCUGGCCAAGUACGAACGCCAAAAGGCCAAGGAUGCCGACGAGGAGCUGCGUAUGGAGCUGGACGAGGAGCUCGGCGAUAUUCGGUCGCUCCUGUUCCAACGUCCAGAGCAACCGACCGAGACACCCGCCGCGGAGCCCGACAAGGGCGAUACGUACGACGCUUUUGUGCGUGAAAUGGCGUACGAGCGGCGGGCCAAGCCACAGGAUCGACUCAAGUCGGCGGAAGAACUGGCAGAAGAGCAGGCUAAGCGGCUGCAAGAAGCCGAGUCAGCGCGUCUACGUCGCAUGCGUGGUGAAGAAAACGACGAAGGCGAGCCGCUUCUCGACUAUGCCAUGGACGACGACGACGACGAGAAAGAGCCCUCAGAGCCACGUACGAUGCGCUCCAAGUUUGGAUUGGGCCAGGGCCUCGACAAAGAAGACGAAGACGACGAAGAGAUGUCGCUGAAGGAUGACGAGAUGGGCGAGCAUACUGACCUGAGUGAGGACGAGGACGUCGACCAGGCAGCUAACGAGGUCGAUACCCCCAAGGAGCCUGUGCCAUCGUUGCCAUUCACAUUUAGCUGUCCGUCGUCCCACGACGCCCUCUUGGACCUGCUGGACGAGCAUCGCAUCGAGCCAUCGCAGAUCCACACAGUCGUCUCGCGCAUCCGCACGCUGCACGCCCCCAACCUCGCCGAAGAGAAUCCUGUCAAGCUGCAGCGGUUCUUAGGCGCACUUGUCGAUCAUGUCCUAUACCGCGCCGGUCAACAAGAUACCAAGGCUGAUGAUCUACGUGUGAUCAACGACCUCGUUCUGCACAUUUACGAACUUGCACGCGCCUAUCCGCUGCGAGCCGCUGAACACUUCGUGGCAAAAAUCUCUCUGAUGCAGCACAAUUUGAUGCGUGGACUAGCGCUAGGCGCUUUGGAUCCAAAUGCUCGGACGUGGCCUCGGCUCUCUGAACUGGCGUUCCUGCGUAUGUGUGUUCUUCUUUGGCCCACGAGCGAUAAGUGGCACGCUGUUGCGACGCCCAUGCACCUCCUCAUGGCGCAAUAUCUCGCACAUGCGCGUAUUCGCUCGUUGCGCGACAUGGCCUCCGGUCUGUACUUGUGCUCGCUUGUAUCGUCGGCUCAGCGCGAAAGUCGCCGUAUCGUACCAGAAGCUCUUAACGCACUAUUCAAUAUAGCUGCGAUGCUUCUGCCCUUGCACCACGGCAAGAGUAUGCACGGUCGUUCGCCCGUCAAAGCCCUUGCCGAAGAGUUCGGCAUUCCCACGCCCGAUUUCGAGGCACCCCACACGCUUCCUUUCACGAUCCAAUCGGACGCUGUUCCACGCGAAAAAAUGUCCCUGUUGUGCGUUGACUCAUGCUCCCUCUCAACGCAGCACCAGGCCGACCUAUUGCACAUGUGCACACAACUCAUGCAGUCCUUGGCGCAUCUGUACCAGCACAGCCCAGCAUAUGUGGAGCUUUUUACGCCCCUGCUGUUUUUGCUGGAAAUCGGCGAGGCAGGUCUCAAAGACGUGGCUCCGAGUCUGGUGCCAUGUGUGCACACUGCGACCACCGAUGUACGGAGUCUACUGGAACGUGCAUAUGCUACGCGCCGCGCUCUGCGUCUGCAAGCACACCGUGCCCUGUCGAUUUCAUCGUACGCGCCCAAGUUUGAUCAGCAAUCGUUUGAUCCGUCGCGUGCCACAGACCCCGAUACCGAGCGUGCACAGGCUGCCAAGCUGCGUGCUAUGCUCAAGAAAGAGCGUAAAGGAGCCAUUCGCGAGCUGCGCAAGGACGCUCAGUUCCUGGCAGAAGAACGCGACCAGCGCCGUGUGGCUGAGGAUACUGCGUACAAGAAGAAAAUGGAUAAGAUUGUCGGCGGUAUUCAGGAGGAACGCUCAGAACAAAAGCAGCUCGACCGUGCCAAAGCCCUGAUCAAGAAACGCGCAGGGAAGAAGUAG